UUCUCCAGAAUUUGGGUGAAACAGUUUGAUGGUCUUUUGUGCCCUGCUUUUGGCAGACACAGUGAAGUUUCCAUCCACAGGUAGUCAGUCAUCCAUUAGCCAGGACGGCCUCCUGGGAACACUGAGGUGGGGUUAAACUGGACUGAAUCACCUUCGCUGGGCAUCAGGACACCCCAGAGAACUGAUCUUCAUCCCUUUGACACCCUUAAAAGCAGCCCAAGGAGCCCAGAAAUGGUGAAGUAUGAGAGACAUGGGACAAAGAAAGAAACCUGGCCAAAGGUCAGUGGGAGGGUGUAAACUGGCCACCUGUGAGGUAGAGGCAGGGAGUGAGGCGCUGGCCAAGCAGGGAAGACCCAUACCAGGGCCUGGGAGGGCAGAAAGCUGGUCCCAGAGUCCCAGAGACAACUGCAGAAAACACAGGGGCUCGGGAUCCACAAGAGAGAACAGGAGCUGCCCAUUCUGUGCUGAGAGUUGCCUCAGAAGAUGGAAUCAACUUCAGCACGCGUGGUCUCCCUGCCAGAGGAUGAGGAGCUACAGCCCUGGGAAGGCGCUGGAAGACUGGGGUCAGCAGAGUACGCUCAGCCUGGGGAUGUGGAGGAGGUGCGGCCAAAGUGGGGUAACCCCCUGCAGUUCUUACUCGCCUGUGUUUCCUAUGCGGUGGGCCUGGGCAAUGUGUGGCGUUUCCCGUACCUGUGCCAGAUGUACGGCGGAGGGAGUUUCCUGGUCCCCUACGUCAUCAUGCUCAUCGUGGAGGGGAUGCCACUCCUGUACCUGGAGCUGGCCGUGGGGCAGCGCAUGCGGCAGGGCAGCAUCGGCGCCUGGAGGACCAUCAGCCCCUACCUCAGCGGUGUCGGCAUUGCUAGCUUGGUGGUCUCCUUCUUGGUCUCUGUGUACUACAAUGUCAUCAACACCUGGGCUAUAUGGUACUUCUUCCACUCAUUCCAGGAUCCCCUGCCAUGGUCCGUCUGCCCACUGAACAGCAACCGCACCGGCUACGAUGAGGAGUGUGAGAAGGCUUCGUCCACGCAGUACUUCUGGUACAGGAAAACGCUCAACAUCUCGCCGUCCAUCCAGGAGAACGGAGGCGUGCAGUGGGAGCCGGCGCUGUGCCUCACCCUGGCCUGGCUUAUUGUCUAUCUGUGCAUCCUUCGGGGCACCGAGUCAACUGGCAAGGUGGUCUACUUCACUGCAUCGAUGCCCUACUGUGUGCUCAUCAUUUACCUGGUUCGCGGCCUCACACUCCACGGAGCCACCAAUGGCCUGGCGUACAUGUUCACACCCAAGAUGGAGCAGCUAGCCAACCCCAAGGCUUGGAUCAAUGCAGCCACACAGAUCUUCUUCUCUCUGGGCUUGGGGUGUGGCGGUUUGAUUGCUUUUGCCAGCUACAAUGAGCCUUCCAACGACUGCCAGAAGCACGCCAUCAUUGUAUCCAUCAUCAACAGUACUACUGCCAUAUUUGCCAGCAUUGUGACCUUCUCCAUCUAUGGCUUCAAGGCCACCUUCAACUAUGAAAACUGCUUAAACAAGGUGAUUCUCCUUCUGACCAACUCUUUUGACCUUGAGGACGGCUUUCUGACAGCCAGCAACCUGGAGGAGGUGAAGUCCUACUUGGCAUCCACCUACCCAGACAAGUACAGCGCCGUAUUCCCACACAUGAGAAACUGCAGCUUGGAGUCUGAGCUGAGCACGGCUGUCCAGGGCACGGGCCUGGCCUUCAUCGUCUACACGGAGGCCAUUAAGAACAUGGAAGUGUCCCAGCUGUGGUCAGUGCUCUACUUUUUCAUGUUGCUCAUGCUGGGCAUGGGAAGCAUGGUAGGGACAGGAACGGCCAUCCUCACCCCUCUGACGGACAGCAAGCGCAUCUCCAGCUUCCUGCCCAAGGAGGCCAUUUCAGGUCUGGUGUGCCUCGUCAGCUGUGCCAUCGGCAUGGUGUUCACCAUGGAGGCUGGGAACUACUGGUUUGACAUAUUCAACGACUACGCGGCCACACUGUCCCUGCUGCUCAUUGUGCUGGUGGAGACCGUAGCUGUGUGCUAUGUGUACGGGCUGAAGAGAUUUGAAAGUGACCUUCGGGCCAUGACUGGCCGCACCCUCAACUGGUACUGGAAGGCCAUGUGGGUGUUUGUGAGUCCACUGCUCAUCAUCGGCCUCUUCAUCUUCUACCUGAGUGACUAUAUCCUCACGGGAACGCUGCAGUACCAAGCCUGGGAUGCCGCUCAGGGCCAUGUGGUGACUAAGGAUUACCCCACGUACGCACUAGCUGUCAUUGGGCUUCUCGUAGCCGCCUCUACCAUGUGCAUCCCUCUGGUAGCCCUGGGGACUUUUGUCACACGCCACUUCAAGAACAGAGAGAAGUUUCUAGUCUCCUGAGAUCUGGAGGUCCCACAGGCCUGUCGGUCACUCCCUGCCAAACACAGCUACUUCCUGUAUAGUCAACAGGGAAGCUCUGCAGCUGCUCUUUACAGUCAAG